AUGGCUGGCUCAGAUAAAAUUAAUAGCCACCCAAUGGAGAACAAUGAUAACGCCCGAAUUAAUUUAACGGGUGCUGAACUAAAAGCGUUGGUAGACGACGCAGUUAAGAAGGCCUUAGAGCGGCAGUACGAAGAGUAUAGUGGGACUCGUAGUAGGACCCUAUCUAUACCACAUUCGAAGCCUCCUUCCAAGAAGGAUGAACCCAAGAAGGAAGAUGACGAGUGUCACCCUUCUAAUAAUCACAGCGAUCCGUCUCAACAGAUCAUACUAAAUCAAGGACCCCAUGAUAAGGGUUGCUCCUACAAGUACUUUAUUUCAUGUAAACCCCGGGAUUUCACUGGGGAGAAUGGAGCUGUAGAUUUCAGAGGCAUGGCUGCCAAGGCCUCUGAAAAUGGAAAGAGAAAAAGGGAGGAUGAGAAUUCUCGUCGCUCCGAUAGAAAGAGUUCCGGGUUAAAAAGAGACAGUCAGCAGUCGGUUGAGAAGACCAAGUGCGAAACCUGUAGGAAAUACCACCUCGGGAAAUGCAAAUUCGAAUCUCAGCCCCUACCUUGUGGGAUUUGCAAAUCACAGGAACAUAAAACCCUGGAUUGCGAAAAGCUAAAAGAUGCAACCUGUUACGGUUGUAACGAGAGGGGGCAUGUCAAGACCAACUGCCCUAAGAAUCAGAAGAAACCCGAAGAAGCCAAAAGAACAAACGCAUGA